CCGAAUAACAUCGAUCGAUAGAUCCGAUUUAACAUUUGUUUUAAUUCCUUGUUGCCUUAAACAAGUUGCUCGUCUUGUAGGUGUAUUAUCACGCGAAAAUCAGUGUUAAACAAUCGAUAAACAUCGGCCAUCAGGUCGACCGCCGUAUAUCGAGCACGCUACGUUUAAAUGCUCCGCGAUACCGUUGAUUUAAAUGACGCAAAAGCAUUCGUAACACAAUUUCGGUUACGGAGAAACCGUGUCGACCUUGGAUGCUCUUGCACGUUGAAAUAUGUUUGAGGCACGAUAAGAUAGCGGGGAGAAAUAAAAUUGCUCGAUGUCUGUUUACAUGGAACGAUAGUGGGAGCGGAAUAAUUUUGACACAGGAAGCGAACAAUAUUUUUGAAUUAAGGACUGAGACGACUGCGGUCCCCGAUCAAGAAAAAUGGGAGAAGAAAGGCUGGACAUAGAGAAACCACUCUGGGAUCUGGCGACCUUCGAGGGCAGAUGGAAACACUUCGCCUGGGUGACUGACUUCCGAACUUGCACCGUUCCCGAGUCCGAGUUGCUUCAAGCGAAGAAAUUAUGCGAAGACUAUAAAUUUGGGAAAGAGCCAGCUGGUACAACCCGGGAGCAGAUCAUCUAUGCUAAGAAGCUUUACGAGUCGGCCUUUCAUCCCGACACUGGUGACCUGCAGAAUGUCUUUGGCAGAAUGUCCUUCCAAGUGCCAGGUGGAAUGGCUGUGACCGGCGCUAUGCUUCAAUUCUACAAAACAAAUACAGCUGUAAUUUUCUGGCAAUGGGUAAAUCAAUCGUUCAAUGCUCUAGUCAAUUACACCAACAGAAACGCAAACAGUCCUAUCACCGAGCUUCAAUUAGGGGUGGCUUAUGCGAGCGCUAGCACGGCCGCUAUGAUAACAGCGAUAGGAUGUAAAUCGUUUUGGGGAAAACGUGCGAAUCCACUUAUGGCGCGUUAUGUGCCAUUCGCUGCAGUCGCCGCAGCCAAUUGCGCGAACAUUCCCUUGAUGAGGCAGAAUGAAAUCAGUCAAGGGAUCGAGAUCGCCGACGAAAACGGCAACAAACUUGCAAAGUCAAAGUUAGCGGCAGUCAAAGGUAUCAGUGAAGUGAUCAUCUCGAGGAUCAUCAUGUGUGCACCCGGCAUGCUGAUUCUUCCACCUAUAAUGGCGAGACUCGAGAAGUACCGUUUUAUGCAAUGCAUUAAGCCUCUGCACGCACCGAUACAAGUUUUCAUGGUCGGCUGUUUCCUGACGUUCAUGGUGCCUACAGCAUGUGCAUUGUUCCCACAAAACUGCUCAAUCAAAUCGAGCACUCUGAAACGCUGGGAGGCCGAGAAUUACGAGAUACUGAAGAAAAAUUGCGGGAACAGGGACGUACCUACGUACUUAUACUUCAACAAAGGUUUAUAAGUGUACAAACGUUUAGUCGUGGUAAAAAAUGAUCGCAAAGGAUAGCUUAAGUCGCGCCUUACGAGGAUCAUAGCGGGUUGAUUUAAUUAUGGAAUUGAGAUUGUCACGUACGACACGAAUUUCAUGUACUUGUAGUUUUCUGCUGGUUCAGAGGAUGAUUAUACGCAUUACCGAUUAACCGAUGACAAUACAUGCAUUUCGAGUGAAUUUUUAUUCCGAUGUAAUACAGUAUAGAAUUAUUUUACGUGACGCUUCGUUACUCUACGACACCCCAUUUUGAUACUUAAUUUGCAUUUCCACGAUGAGCAACGAUUGUUUUGAUAAAGCAGAGAUUAACAUUACAAAAUACUAACGACACUACCUUGUAAUUUCGGUGGUACGUAUGUACUUACUAACACGCGCGAGAUAUACUGAACAGCAAUAAUAUCUUCCACGCCAAUCGUUUUGAUUCGUUUUAAUUGAGUGAUCAUAUCAUUUGAUUAAUCGAACCACGACGCCGAAGUAUCAGGUGUUCUAUUGUUAAUCGCUGAGAAUGUGUCCGAAAACCUUUAACGACUGUCGAUGUUCUAUUGUCACUACCUCCCUGAACUGUUGAGUGAAACAAAAAAAUGCUGCCAUGUAUAUUUUAGUAAUACACAUUACAAUAAACGCUGUGAAAACCAA